UCAGAUAUCAAGAUUGUGGUGGCAGCACUGUGCGCCUACAGAACCUACAAAAGGACGCUACACCCCUCAGAUCACUGCAGUCAGCGGCUUGUUUCACUGUUACUCAUAUCUGCUUCUGAUGUUUGAAUAGGCACUGUCAUGAUGGAUGCUGCCUAUGAGAUAAGACCUGAACUAGUCUACCGUUCAGAAGACGUCUCUGGAAAGAAGUACUCAUACCGCGCACGUCCAGAAUCGUAUGGAAAUCGCGUGAAGCAGUAUGCUGUGCGCCACACCAGGCCCAUACAUGAGAGGUACGCGUCGUUGGCUAGCAGAAAAUCAUCGUUCGACAUUUAUCCUGCAACUGCGAAGGGAAACACAGAAAAAAUGGCGAAAGCUGGAUUCUUCUACACUGGUGCUCAAGAUCGCACAACCUGCUUUCAGUGCGGCAACUCUCGUUGCAAUUGGAGCGAUGAGGACGACCCAUUAUUUGAACACGCCAGGUGGUACAGAGACUGUCCUUACGUCAUUCUACAGCUUGGUGAUGCGGCUAUAGAGAACAUUAGACGGGAACACAGCAAUACACUGGCAGAGAAGCUGAUACAGGUGACUUGAGCAAGUGCAUCAUCUGCAAGACGGGAGAUAGACACAUGAUCUUCCUUCCAUGCAGUCAUCUUGUCUC